AGUGGCUUUUAACCUUAACCUAAAACAAACAGUGGUUAGUGGUGCACCUUACCAAAGUCCACUCCUGUAGUGAAAAAAGGCAUCAACAUGUCCGCCCCUAUAACCAUGGAGCUAGAGCCUUCUCCCCCAGGGUUGGAGGCUGAGUAUCGCACCAUCUUUACCGCAGGCUCCCUGGUCUUCCUACAGGAACUGGUCUCAACAUUUGAUGAAGAGGUCGACAAUAUCCUGAGGCUGAGAAUCUCCAGGAAGACCCACCUGGACCUGUCAGGUGACCUGCCGGGGUUCUGUGAGGUAACAGCCCCCGUGAGGAGCGACCCUACCUGGAGGGUCCGUCCAGUCCCCCAGAGGCUGCAGAGGAGACAUGUGGAUGUGGGAGACCUGGCCCCCUGCGACACCCAGCGCUUCAUUCAGGCCCUCAGCUCCCCUGCACAGGGCCUACAGAUUGAUUUUGAUGAUGGAAACUGCCCGACGUACCACAACCAGAUAAAAGGCAUUUAUAAUGUUUACCGGGCGGUGCAUAAUCAAUUUCCCAAUGCCCCCAAGAUAUCCCAGGCUCCUGUUCUGAUGCUCCGCCCUAGAGCCUGGAACAUGGUGGAACACAACAUGAUGGUUAAAGGCAAAGAGGUGCCAGGGCCGCUGUGUGAUUUCGGCCUCCUCAUGUUCCACUGUGGCAGGCUGUUGUUCGACAGCGAGAGUGGGCCAUUUUUCUACCUCUCCAAAGUUGAGAGCUACCUGGAGGCGAGACUUUGGAACAACAUAUUCCUCUGGACAGAGCAGAAGUUGGGCCUGCCUGUGGGUAGCAUUAAGGCUACCGUGCUGAUAGAGAACGUGUUGUCAGCAUUUGAGAUGGAGGAGAUUCUGUAUGAGCUUAAGGAUCACUCCGCUGGACUCAACUGUGGGAUCUGGGAUUACUCAGCCUCCUUUGUCAACAAGUUCGGUCACCGAGGGGCCUUCCUGCUCCCUGACCGCAGUAAGUAUGUCAACAUGGAGAAGCUGUUCCUGCGGAGCUACAUGGACCUGCUGGUCCAGACAUGUCACCGUAGAGGAGCCCUGGCUACUGGGGGUAUGGCGGCCCUGCUGCUGCCUCAGAACAGGGACAGUGCCCCCUAUAGAGCAGCCUUGGCCAACGUCACCAGACUGAAGUUACUGGAGAUCAAAGCUGGUGUUGAUGGCUUCAUGGUGUAUGACCUGGGCUUGAUAGAGCCCAUGCAGAAACUCUUCCAGCUGCAUACUCAGGGUGACAACCAGAUGCACCAGCUUAGAGAUGACCUCGCGGUUACCCCCGACAACCUGCUCUGUAUGCCAGCGGGUGGAGUAACCCUGUACGGCUUGAAGUAUAACAUCGCUGUAGGAAUCCUGUUCAUAGAUGCUUGGCUCAAAGGCAAAGGUCACUUCUUCUACAGGGGACAGGUGGAGGAUUCUGCAACUGCAGAAAUCUCCAGAUCCCAGGUGUGGCAGUGGAUCCGCCAUCAGACGCAGCUGGAGGAUGAUGGGAGGGUGGUGACCCGGGGUAUGGUGACAGAGCUGACCCAGGAGGUCAUGGGGGAGCUCACAUGCUGUCACACUGUCAGGGAGGAACAGACGUUGUUGACAGCUGCAGCUAUGUUCCUGGAGGUGGUCCAGAAGAGAGACUUCCCAGAGUUCCUCACCACCUACCUCAACCUGGACCACACCUUCCUCAGCUCACAAGCCAAAAGGCAUGAGGGUGGGGCAGUAGGGGACGUGCCCAGACCGAAACUCUGAAGGCCCUGUCCUACGUAGCAUGGUAUUUACACCCCUCAUAGUACGUACUGUGAGCAUGCGAGAGGUAGCGUGAGUGAGUGUUCCUCUUAAAGACCCUUGAAAUUAUUUUGACAGUGUUUGACAAUUGCAAUACUGAUCCGGAAUCCUUGAAUAAAAUACAAACUUCUGCAGGAAAAAUGCCAUCAGGAAAUAGCUUUUUAUUAAACUUUUUUUUAUUGAUAACUCCUUGGUGUGUUAGAUAGGAGUGGUCUGUGUGCAGAACUCAGUAUGAUUGACAAACGCCUUUUUCAACAAAAAAAAUUAUAAUAACUAAGCUGUGUUGGUAACAUUGGAUAAGCCUUUAACAUUUGACCAAUAAACAGAAAUAAAACUCCAAAACAAACCCCAAUAA